AUGCUUUUUUUCCUUUAUAUGUUAUUUGUUCUUGGUGGAGGAAUUUUUUUUUUGUAUUUAAGCUUGUAUAAUUUUAUUUUCUUGUUUCAAUUCCAAUUCAAUUAUCAUUUUUUUGUUUUCAUCUGUCAACUCUCAAUAAAAUCAGAUAUUCUUCAGCAAAAGUUUCAAAAAUAUCCUCAUAUCAACAACUCCAAAAAAAUGAAAGCUAGUACUUUAAUCCAAUUGACCCCACUUAUGGUUGCCGCUGUCAACGGUCAAAUGACCCCUGCUCCUGGUAAUGAAACCGUUACUGUCACAAGAUUAGAAACUACCAUGGUAACUAUCACCAGUUGUCAAGAAAGCAUUUGUUCUACAAUUGUUUCUCCAGCUAUUAAAUCCACUCAAACUGUAGAAGUUGAUGGUGUAGUUACUGAAUUCACAACUUUCUGCCCAAUUCCUUCUUCCGAAUCUCCAGCUCACUUUACCAAUACUACUAGCUGUGAAGGUGCUAUGUGUGCACCAACCUCCUUUGGUAACGACACUGCCAUUCAUACUACAGGUCCACAGGCUACUGAAAUCCCAUGCAUUGGUAUCAGCUUAGUCCUCCAGGUCCUCAGGUCUCAGUCCUCAGUNCCCAGCGCUCCAGGUGUCGCUCCAGGUGUCGCUGGUACUGCUAGCUCCAGGUGUCGCUGGUACUGCUGCUCCAGGUGUCGCUGGUACUGCUGCUCCAGGUGCUCCAGGUGCUCCAGGUGCUCCAGGUGUCGCUCCAGGUGUCGCCCCAGGUACUGUUGCUCCAGGUGUUGCUGGUACUGCUGCUCCAGGUGCCCCAGGUGCAACUUCUCCAGCUACUGUAUCCACUUCACAUGUUAUUCCACAGUUCCAUGGUGCUGCCGCUGGUGGUAA